AAAACAGAAAGUGCAUUGCAGAAUCAAUCUGUAGCUAAUAACUCCAUUUCCAUAUGUUUUAAAAGGAUGUGGGCGCUUAGCAAGCCAGGUUGUGAAUGGUUCAAUGAACCGUGAAACUUGAGUGGCUAGUCGAUAAUAGCAGUUAAAAAGAAAACAGGUUUCCCAAGACUCGUGCGCUACACGUGUUGAUUCCCUCGUUUUUUUUGUAUUCUUUGCUUUAACAAAGCAGGGAGAUGAACCAUUUCUUCAUUUUCUCAUUGUUUCAUAAAGAGACCAAUAUAGUUUCACUGCUCUAUAUCGUUCUCUGUUUCAGUUCUGAUCUGUAAGUUCACGUAGAUCCAUUCUCCUAUAUACAUGCACACGUAUUCCAGACCAAUAAUCAUCCAUGUUUUCACUGCAGAUGUAAUUCUGCAUCAUUUCUGGAAAACCAUAUUUAGCAACGCAUUUUAGAUCAUUCUGCGGUUUUUAUGGCGGAAUUACACAGUGAUGUAAUGAUGUUAUCUUGGGAUAGGAACAAAUGGCUUUCCUGCUUGGCGUUGUGUUCAUAACUACAUUUAGUCCAUUAAAUUUUGUGUUCAUAUACUUCCUACGUAUCGUAAGCUGCAAGCCUGCACUCGGUGAUCAACUCUGCUUGUUUUUUUUAAAGGUUCCUACAAUUUGACUUUGGGAGAGUUUAGUAGAUCUUUACCUGGGAAGGUGGAAAUCAUCUUCAUAUUUGGUAAAACAAAUUUUCAUCAACAUGGGGCUUUUGGAUCUCUUCAUUGCUUCAUCAAUUCCAGUCUUGAAAGUGCUACUGAUUACUGGACUCGGGACCUUUCUUGCUCUUGAUCGUGUGGAUAUCUUGAGGGAAGAUGCUAGGAAGCACGUAAAUAAUGUUGUAUUUUAUGUGUUCAAUCCUGCCCUUGUGGCCUCCAAACUUGCUGAAACUGUCACAGAUGACAGCAUAGUGAAGUUAUGGUUUAUGCCAUUAAAUAUCCUCAUCACAUUUAUCAUUGGCUCAAUACUUGGCUGGAUUCUUGUUCAACUUACAAGGCCUCCCCCGCACCUACGUGGCCUCAUAGUGGGUUGCUGUGCUGCUGGGAAUUUGGGGAAUAUGUUUCUUAUUAUGAUCCCAGCAGUUUGUAAAGAAAAAGGAAGCCCAUUUGGAGCUCCUGAUGUCUGUCAGUCGUACGGAUUGGCUUAUGUUUCAUUGUCAAUGGCGAUAGGGGCCAUUUAUCUAUGGUCUUAUGUGUACAAUAUUGUGCGGGCCUCUGCAGCUGGGAAUACCGAAGAAUCCACAAAGCACUACAUAGGCAAAUCUUCACGAGAAAGCUCUGCAGCAGAACUGGGGAGUUGCAUAGAACCGCUGCUUCCUUCCAAGGAGCCCCUGGCAUCUGAACACCGUGUAGAUCAGUGCGCACUGCCUGGCACUACACAAGUCGAGAUGGAAGAUUCGGGCAAUAAGCAACUACUAAGAAAGCUGCUUGGAAAUAUUAAUUGGAAGACAAUAUUUGCACCUUCCACCAUAGGAGCGAUAGUUGGAUUCACGAUCGGACUCAUCCCCUACAUCCGGAAGAUAAUGAUUGGUGGUGAUGCUCCUCUUCAUGUAAUUCAUGAUACUGCUUCCUUGCUGGGUUCCUUCUUUGAUUGCAGGGAAGGAGCCAUCCCAACUCUCACCCUGAUUGUAGGUGGGAACCUUCUGAGAGGUAUACAAGGGUCAGGAAUGCGAAAGUCCAUAAUUUUUGGUAUCAUAUUUGCUCGUUAUAUUGCCUUGCCCCUGAUUGGCAUUUUUAUUGUUAAAGGAGCUCUCCGCUUAGGUUUUAUUCCUGCGGACCCUUUGUAUCAAUUUGUUCUUCUGCUUCAAUUUGCAGUUCCACCAGCUAUGAACAUAGGUGUCAUCACGCAAUUGUUUGGAGCAGGAGAGAGUGAAUGUUCCGUGAUCAUGCUUUGGGCCUAUGCCUUGGCUUCAAUUUCACUUACUCUUUGGUCAACGCUCUUCAUGUGGCUAGUAGCUUAAUUCUGGUAUCAUUUGUUUCCAAUUGAACGAUCCAAACCAUCAAUUAUUUCAUGUAACAGGAAAAGAGUAAGUUAAAUACACAAUUAUUUUUCUGUAACA